AUGGUUCGCAACAUCGUCGUCCUCGGAGGACUUUCUCAUCCCGGCCUCACUGAAACCAUUUGUGAAAUCCUCGGUGUUCAACAAGGUCACGCACUCUUUUCCAAAUUCGCUGUGGGCGAGACUCGAGUCGAAAUUGGUGAAUCGGUCAGAGGAAAGGAUGUCUACAUCAUCCAGUCAGGAGGCGGAAAGGUCAACGAUCACCUUGUUGAACUUCUCAUCGCCAUCUCCGCCUGCAAAACUGCCUCGGCCAAAAAGGUCACUGCAGUCUUGCCUCUUUUCCCUUACUCGCGCCAGUCAGAUAUCCCUUACAAUAAGACUGGUGCUCCUCUCGUCAAAGGUUCCAGUAUGUCCUCCAAGUCUGAACCAAAUGGCUACAGUUUCGAUAGCAUUCCUUCUACCCCGCACCCGGAAAAGACAGAGAGUCCCGGACUUGUCAAUGGCCACUCACUCCACAAAGCCACCUCGAGGUCCGAUCUUGAAGGAGGAGAGAAUAACCCUACCCACCAAGCGAGGUUCAGCCACUAUCGCGAUUCUAGCUCCCACUCAAGCACAAAAUCAGAAUACUUCUCCGGAGGCCGCAAACGCGGUGACUCAACAGCCUCUACAAAUGGCGUUGCCAAUCAUGACUUUGCCGUAACCUUGCCCAAGGUUGAACAUCCUCAAGCGGCAUUUAAGCCACGUCCUGGCUAUAAGCAAUGGGUCGCCCAGGCCGGAACUCUCGUUGCAGACUUACUGACCUGCGCUGGUGCUGAUCAUGUCAUCACAAUGGAUCUUCACGACCCUCAGUAUCAAGGCUUCUUCGACAUUCCCGUGGACAACCUUUACGGGCGGCCCCUACUCAAAAAAUAUAUCCAACAACAUAUUCCAGAUUAUCGUAAUGGUAUUGUUGUUAGUCCAGAUGCGGGUGGGGCCAAACGAGCAACUGCAAUCGCCGACUCCCUGGGUAUUGAGUUUGCCCUCAUUCACAAGGAACGUAGACCUACCAAAAUCACAGACCGCCACAAUGCAACCAUGAUGCUUGUUGGAGAUGUUGCGGGCAAGGUUGCUAUCCUUAUCGACGAUCUUGCAGAUACCAGCAACACCAUUACAAGAGCGGCAAAGCUUCUCAAAAAGGAAGGUGCACACAAGGUCUACGCUCUGGUCACCCAUGGCGUUCUCAGCGGCGAUGCUAUUGAGAGGAUCAAUGCAAGUGCGUUGGACAAGGUGAUUGUGACCAACACCGUGGAUCAGACAGAGCAUUGUAGACGUUGUCCAAAACUUGCAGUACUCGAGGUUGGACAUGUCUUUGCUGAGGCCAUCCGACGGGUUCACUACGGCGAGAGCAUUAGCGUCUUGUUCCAGUAUGACUAG